GAAAAAAACAAAGAAAAAAAAGAAGUAAAAAAAAAAAACAGACAGAGAAGAAGGGGGGGCCUUUGUCUCUCAAUAACUUUCCAGUAAAAGGAAUUUUUGUUUCUCUCUGUCUCUCUCACGCUCAGCCGUUGUUGUUCGUCUCCCUGAAUGCCUCACCAGUAUUCGGGUCAAUUGUGGCGACUAUUAAGCGGAGGAGCGAGGGAACCAACAGGAUGGGUUCAGAGAUACCAAUGUGGUUAUUUGACUUUUGCAGCCUCCUUUACGCAAAUUUGAUACAAUGUGAAAGAUGUUCUACCCAAGGAAGAAUAAUUCUCUAAGGAUUCACACAUUAAAGAAGCUCCCUUUAGCAUGCACUUUUAUUCUUGCUGUUGUUUUUACUUGAAUGAGAUUCAACAAGAUGGCUGUAGCUAUCAAUCCGCAAAAUCACGGGUUCAAGCAAUUCGUUAGACCUCCAAGGUGUAAGAUUCCAUCGUUUUCUCAGCUCGAUUACAACAACAUUCUUGAAUCAAGCCAAACAAGCCUUACACAUUCUCUACAUCAUGUUCCCUUUGAGAUCUUCAACAUCCAAAAGAGCUUUUCCACACCUUGUUUAUCCCUCUCCACGAGAACGGAAGAAGAUAUUGACAGUAAUCCGAGAGUUGAAAUCAUUGGUGGUCAUCGCGCUCCUAAAGUGCAUGCUUUAGUAGUUGAGGUUGCUAUUGCUAUGGCUUCUGGAGUCAAACCUGAGUUACUGGCAAGUGGACUAGGUGGUGCUUACCUUUUUCGGGCGACUAAUGGUAAUGCAGUAGCUGUGGCAAAACCUGCUGAUGAGGAACCUUUAGCUUUGAAUAAUCCAAAAGGAUUUGCAGGUCGGAUGUUAGGCCAACCGGGCAUGAAACGUUCCAUCAAGAUAGGUGAAACUGGUGUCCGGGAAUCUGCUGCUUAUCUUCUUGACCAUGAUGGAUUUGCUGGUGUUCCUCCAACAACAUUAGUCAAAUUUUCUCAUGUUACCUUCAAUAUAAACGAUUCACAAUUGAUCCCUACUUCAACUUAUAAAAUUGCCUCUCUUCAACGGUUUAUGGAACAUGAUUAUGAUGCAGGAGACUUAGGUGCUUCAGGCUUUUCAGUGGCUUCAAUUCAUCGUGUUGGGAUUUUGGAUAUACGUCUUCUCAAUCUCGACAGGCAUGCUGGAAAUAUCCUGGUGAAGCACGGGAAAGAAAGCUAUGCUGUUGAUUCUGCUGAACUUGUACCUAUAGAUCAUGGACUUUGCUUGCCAGAAUCACUUGAUGAUCCAUACUUUGAAUGGCUGCAUUGGCCUCAAGCUUCCAUUCCAUUUUCGGAGUCUGAAAUGGAGUAUAUAUGUGGUCUUGAUCCUUUUAAGGAUGCAGAUUUACUGAGAAAUGAGCUCCCUUCUAUCAGGGAAUCAUCCAUUCGGGUUCUUGUGGUGUGCACCAUUCUUUUGAAGCAAGCUGCUACUUCAGGGCUUUGUCUAGCUCAAAUCGGAGAAAUGAUGACUCGAAAAUGUUAUGGAGGACAGGAAGAAUGGAGUGCAUUAGAAAAGAUAUGUUUCAGUGCCAAGGUUAACAUAGAGAGUAAAAUAGAAGAGGAUGAUCAAAGUAUCUGUGAAGAGAAAGAAAGAAGUGUUGGAGUUUUCCAGUUUGAUUAUGAAGAUGGAGAUGACUCAUAUCAAGAAGAUGAGGAAGCUGAUGAAAUCUUGCAAGGCUCUGCUAUAACAGCUAAGCCGCCAAAAAUUCCAAGGUUUUCGACUGUUAGGUCUAUGAGUACAAUAGCUAAUCCAUCAGUGUUUCAUUAUGAAGAAGAAUGUGAUUACCUAAACAACAAAUUUCGCGGUUCAGAUACCUUAAUAGACGAUGAUGGUGGUAAGGAGGACAAUAUCAACGAUAGUGAUAGUCAGAAAACUAGUGCUAUGUUGAGGAGUAUGAGCUUUGGUACAAAAAAUUACAAGAAUGAUGGUGAAGGGAUUUCUUUCGGUGAAAUGAGUAGUGAACAAUGGAGCUUGUUCUUAGAGGUUUUCGAGAAGCUUUUGCCAGAGGCAUUUGAGGGGAAAAACUGCAUGUGUUUGUCAAAGCAAAGAUUGGGAUCUUCUUGUGAGUUCUGAAGAGAAGUUUGAUUUAUGAGAAGAAUUCCACAUGUAUUUUCAACAAAGUGUAAAUUACCAGCCAAAGUACUCAAGGUAGAAUAUAGAUAGAUAUUAGUAUGAAUGGCAAAGAGAUGGGCAAAUUUGCCAUCCUUUCCACACCCUUUAUUGAGAAGAUAAGUCUUCUUGUUUUUACUACUUCUCUGCAGAAGUUGAUAUCUCUCUCUUGUUACAUUUUUAUUGUUUAAAAUGCCAACCCAAAUAAUUUGGGAGUAAGGCCUAAUUAUUGUAUGUAUUCAUCAUUUAAAAUAUAUA